AUGUUCUCUCGAUCUCUUCAGCUUGUACCGCGGCGUGAGUCCACGACCUUUGAGGUGAACAAUGCGUCGUACAGAGAUGAGCUGGAGAAGAAGAAAGGAGAGUCGCUGACUGCACGCAUAGCCUUGUUUUUCGCCUCCGUUGCGGAGCCAAAGGACAUCUUUGAAGCCCCGCGAGAGGCGCAUAUUCCUGUGCCUAAUAACCAG